UCCAAUAUAAUUAUUGGGUGGAGCUCCUAGUAAACAAAGUCCCUCAAUCUUCACCUUCUCUCUCUCUCUCUCUCCUCUGCUGUAAUGGCUGAAGGACAACCACCACCGCUACAGAUUUCCGACCCAUCUCCCGGGGGUGUGGUGACAUCCUUUCAACCAGUAGCUGUUCGUGAGUAUUAUAAUUCGCUCGUUUAUUUUGACAUUGAGAAGAAGAUUGGUCAGGGACAGUUCAGUGUUGUGUUCAAGGCCUGCAGUAAGACUGACUCAGAAAGGGUAGCCCUCAAGAAAAUACAAAUAUUUGAGAUGGUCGAUGCUAAGGCUAGACAGGAUUGUUUGAAGGAGAUUGAGUUGCUUCAAUCUCUUGAUCACCCGAACAUUAUAAAGUAUUUGGCCUCCUUUGUAGAGAAUAACGAGUUAUAUAUAGUUCUUGAAUUGGCGGAAGCUGGUGAUUUAUCUCGAAUGAUAAAACAUUUCAAGAAGAGAAAGCAACUGAUUCCAGAGAAGACCAUCUGGCGUUAUUUUGUUCAAGUUUGUUCUGCACUGGAUCACAUGCAUACCAGAAGAGUCAUGCACAGAGACAUAAAACCAGCCAACGUCUUUGUCACUAGCACUGCAGUCGUAAAACUCGGGGACUUGGGUCUCGGAAGGUUUUUCAGUUCAAAAACAACAGCUGCCCACUCAUUAGUUGGAACGCCGUAUUACAUGUCGCCGGAGAGAAUACAUGAAACUGGAUAUAAUUUCAAGUCUGAUAUAUGGUCACUUGGGUGCCUCCUUUAUGAACUGGCAGCACUUCAGUCGCCAUUCUACGGCGAUAAGAUGAACUUAUACUCGCUCUGUAAGAAGAUAGAGAAGUGUGACUAUCCACCACUACCUUCUGACAUUUAUUCACAAAAAUUAAGAGAUUUAGUUGAUAGUUGUAUUAACCCUAAUCCAGAGAUCAGGCCUGACAUUCAGCGUGUGUACUCAGUCUCACAGCAGAUGAGAAGUAUUACAGCUGGUCCCCCUCCAGCUGUUGCUACUGGUCCAGGAGCUGGAGUGGAACCCAAUCCGGUCUCAUGAACACUCUCUCAAUCUUUAUUUUUAUAUAUAAAUAUACUUUUUUGUAGAAUGAGCUCCAUUUUAUGAUUUUUUUGCUCUUUUAUUUUUAAUGCAUCACUUAACUAUUAUUCAUAGUCAAUUAAUUAA